AUGACUGCUACUAUCCGUACAUCGUGGUCAUUCAAACAGGUUAUCGUCCUCGCCAUCAAUGCAUCAAGUAGGCAGUCAUACUACGUAGUAGCACAACGUGCUGGCUGGAUCGGGUUGUCAUUGCCUGCCUCACUAAAGAAGAACGGUCACUGCGACGUUGGAUACGAAUGGAUAGACCUGUGUCGGUUUAGUGAGGAUUUGUUUAAGCACUAUCCUAUGCUUUUGAAACUAGCCAGUAGCCAUGUCAAAGUGCUCAAUAUUUGUCUGCUCCAUCAGUUGCGUGCAUCUACCGAGACGAGUCGUGGUGGAGAGGAUUUAGCGAAAGGGAAUAAAGGCGAGGAUCGCUGGGUCAGACCCUGUGCUCUGUGUGGCGCUUGGGCCAUGAAAAACGACAAUGGAGUCAAGGGACGUGAACUCUUUGAAAAAAGAAAUGAAAAGAGAAAGACUGGUCAAAUGUUAAGUAGGUAUUGA